AUGGAGAGUAUCAUCGCCAAUGUUGAUAAUAUCAAAUUUACUAUCGAAUUUGAGCUCGAUGACCAAAUCGGAACACAGCAAUUACCCUUUCCAGGAAUGGAUAAAUCUGGGGCAGCUGUAUGCACCUAUUUCGCAGAAAGUCAAUGCGUAAAAGGGUCAAUGUGCCCUUUCCGUCAUACUAAAGGCGAUAAAACUGUCGUAUGCAAACAUUGGCUGCGAGGGUUAUGCAAGAAAGGUGAUCAGUGCGAGUUCUUGCACGAGUACGAUAUGACCAAAAUGCCUGAAUGUUAUUUUUAUUCAAAAUUUGGUGAAUGUAGCAAUAAAGAGUGUCAGUACUUACAUAUCAAUCCAGAAAGUAAAAUUAAAGAUUGUCCGUGGUAUGAUAGGGGUUUCUGCAAACAUGGCCCAGCAUGUAGACAUCGACACGUAAGAAGAGUUGCUUGCCUAAAUUACCUUAAUGGUUUCUGCCCUGAAGGAUCAAACUGUAAACACGUACACUUAAGGUUUGAACUACCUACGAGAGAAAUCGAUAUUCAUUCUGAAUCUAAACGUAAACCUAGCGUAGUAGUUUGUCAUAAUUGUGGAGAGUAUGGACAUAAAGCCUCCGCUUGUCCUAAUCAGCUUAUCUCUAUUCAAAAGGAAAAUAGCCUAACCAAUGAUAAUGGUAACAGCAUUGGCAUAUCUCACGACCAAAAUCAACAACAACAAAAGCGCCCUAUGGAUCAAGUUAUCUGUUUCAAGGAUAGUUCCUCAUUGAGAUUCAUUUACCGAUAG